AUGUCUUGUGAUAGGAGCGAAGCUAAAAAAGUUAAUACAGACAUUACAAAUUCUAGUCGCAUCGAAAGAACAUUGUUAUCAGAAUUUCUUGAUCAUAUUUCAGGGAAUUGGGAUUAUGGAGUUACAAAAGAGGUUGAAUUCUUCAAAGAUAUCUUUACCCCAGUUAAAUUAGUUAGUUUUACAGAUCCAAAUCUCAAAGCAAUUCUUAAUGAAUACAAAGAUGGCAAGCCAAUUUCAUUAGAUCUUGAAUAG